AUUUGGAGGAGAGAUACAAAGAGUAAGACAGUAAUUCAAUCUUUGAUAUAAGUGUAAUGUGAUCCCGUUGAAAUUGAAGAACCUUGAUGUAAACAAACAAGGUUAGUAAGGGAGGAUGUGUGUGAUUCUGCUCCUGCAUUUUCAAGGAACUUAACGGAUUUUACCAAUAGUAAGAAUCAGGAUGGCUGCAGAUGAGUGCAAGGUGUGCAAGAAAAGUGUGGUGUGCAGUGUGAGGUGUGUGAGUUAUGGUUCCACAUAGCCUGUGUGGAGCUCAAGGCCUCCACCAAGAUGCUGAACCACAAAAACAUUAUGUUUUUCUGUGAUGAAUGUCUGGAGGUUGCGAAAGAGAAGCUAGAGACCAGGAAGGAGGACAUGGUGGCCAAGGAAGUACAGGCGAUGGCAGUAGUGACCAGCAUUAAGGACAGGCAGACGGAGGACAUCAAGGAUGAGGAGACACAGGCUAUGAACCCCCGGCAAGACCUCAAAGACAAGGGCAUACAAGCGGAGGAGAAAGACCAGCGACAACGAAGAGGGCCAACAAUGAAGAGAAUGAUCCAGAGGAUGUCCCUGACCUGCAUUGUUGGGGACAGCAUGGUCAGGAAUGCAGGUUCCCAUCUCAAGACCAAGAUGACCGGAAGCUCACAGGAGUGUCUGAGGGGAGCCAAGAUUCACGAAAUAAGGAAGACAGUGACUAAGAAAACCCAGAAGUUUAAAAAUGGUCUGCUUCUGAACCAGGGUAGCGGUAACGACCUGGAGAGGAUUAGAGCAGAAAAACAGUGAGGGAGGUGGUGGAGGUUGUGAAAGCUGCUGAAGGCAAGAACCUGAGUGUGGUCAUGGUUGGAGUGAUCAGAUGGCCAAGAGAAGGAGUCCAGUACGAGCGAUUUAGAAGAUUGACGAACUGCAAGAUCCAGGAGGAAGUGCUGAGGAUGAAGCUGGACUGGCUUAGGGGCAAGAAAAGCAACGUCAGCUUCAUUGACCUGGACGCUACCUUGAGGGAGGGCAUGGACUUCGUGCUGGACGGGGUGCACCUCAAUGAAGUCAGCAACGAGAGGAUGUGCAGGUGGCUGUGUGAGUGGAUGCAUGCAAGGCCCACUGUGUGUGUGUGGACUCUGCCUGAAUGAGGGAUAAGAGUGCACAGGGGCAAGGAAGAGAAGACAUCAGACAGGCAAGGUCAAGGUGUGGAGGUGCAUGCACAGGCUGUGUGUGUGUCUCAGCCCUGGCUCUGCUGUGUUUUUGCUGGAUAAACCCCGUUCCUUGAGCUCCAAACACAGUUAUUGGCUAUAAACCUCUCUGUGAAUGCAGUAAGUCCAAGUUGAGAGUGUUGUGGAGUGAUAAGGGUUUCGGGCUUAGUAGAUAUAGCCAGUUAUACCUGAAAGUCCAGACUACACCUCCCCCUCGCCAGAUUUUCUAUGCCUGCACAUGCGUACUAGAGCUAAUUGUUACCAAGACAAAGAUAAAACCCAAAGCUAUCUCCUAAAUAUCGAGAUUUAAGAGGGAGUAGUCAGCUACUGCAUGUGCAGUCAUGGCAAAACACCUCUCUGAGCUCAGGAAGAUGCAAUGCAACCAACUUAAGUCAGUGACGGAAGAUGAGGUCAUCGAUAGUAUCCUGUCCUCUCAAGAAGGUGAUGCAUUGCAAACUGUCACUGCAAAACUAGACAUGCUGGUGAACGAUGUGACUGAUCUGAAGAAAGCAAUUGCAACCAAAGACAACUCAACUGUAAAGAAGAUUUCAGAACUCCAGUCACAAGUCAACAAACAAGCUAAGAUAUUAGAGAGGCAGCAACGAUUUCUCGAAAACAUCGAUAGGAAGGAACGAGAAUGCAACCUGGUCAUCACUGGGGUCGCAGACGAAAAUGAAAGCUUGGAGGGCGCUACAUCGGAUGCUGAGAAGAUCAAGAAAAUAUGGGAGAAGGUGGGUGUCGCUACGGAGGUGAGUGCUGCUCGCCGACUUGGUAGUAACGUUUACACCAACACAGAUGGAACACCGCGGCGACGACCAAUACUUCUCACCGUGGCCAGUAGAUACGAAGGGACAUGGUGCUGGAGAAGGCCAAAACACUCAAGUCCUUCAGCGAUGUAUAUAGCAAAAUUUAUAUAAAGAAAGAUGUGCAUCCAAGCAUAAGAAAUGAAUGGAAGCGACUCAGGGACGCUGAAAAAAAAAAAAAAAAAAAAAAAGGAACGUCUGGAGAAUGUCAGCUGUAACGUUCAUCUGAACACUCGUGGGAGAAAAUUGUACAAAGAUGGUAUGGUGAUAGAUAAUUGGUCUCUGCUGUUUUUAGGCCGACCACAACAACAUGUAUGUAGAAUUAAGUUGAUGUCAUGGAACAUGAAUGGGGUAAGGACUAAAUUGGAAAAAGAAUAUGUGCAGGAAUUCCUAAUGAAUUAUGACAUUGUGUGCUUGAAUGAAGUUAAAACUUCUCUACGUGUUUGUCUCCCAGGAUACGUAUCAUUUAUGAGCAACAACAAAAUGUCGCCUCAUUGUGGUGGAACAGUGGUUAUGGUGAGAAAUGAUUUAGCUCAGUUUGCCAUGAAUGUUGACACAAGCACGGUUGACCAGGUGUGGCUUCAGUUUCGUUGUGUGCUGGGAGUUGUGUUCGGCUGCUGCUACGUUCCUCAGAGCGACCCGCCAUAUUUUUCACAUGACUCAUUCGCUUCUAUCCAAGACAAAAUAUUGGCAAAUGAGGAUAAUAACAAACUCGUCAAGAAAAGUAACAUACAAGGAAUUAAAUCCUGACUUAACGGUACACAAUGUAUACACCUGUAGACAUGGAGCUAGAGAAGACCAUAGGAUGUCAUUUAGCCGCUUUUACAUGUCAGCACACUGGCUGGCUGUAAAGGUGGGAAGGUGGAAUAGGCAGGGACGUGGCCGUCUACCGCUGGAGGAGCGGUUAUGUCCCUGCGGAAUGGUGUGGACAGAACGUCAUGUUGUACAAGAGUGUCCCUUGUCACAACAUAUCUGAGACGCAUAUGGCUUAGUUAGACUUAAUAAUUUAUUCUGCAGGACAUAUGAUAACUCAACUGUAUGUUUCAUUGUAAAUUCAGUUUUGAAUUUGUUUUCUCAGAAUCAGCCAUAGUCUCAUCUUAUCCUACCCUAUACACAUGAUAGACCAUAUUGUUUUGUAUCUUUAGUGUAUAUGUUACUAUUGUUCUUUUUUGGUUGAUUAUAUAUUCCCUUACAGUAAUUUUGUUCUUUGGUAACUAAGUUAAACCUUCUGUGAUUUACGUAAUUCAAGAUUAUGAUCUGGGAUGGACCCAAAAUUAUUGUAAUUUUAAGUUAAUGUAAUGUAUGUUGUUGUGGUCAAUAAAACUA